AUGUUCAGCAUGUAUCAUCUAUCACGACUAGUACCUGAGGAGCCGUGUUAUGACAAGCAGUUCAUUCGUACAACCAUUCAGCGCUUCAUCACCCUUCUGAUGAAGAUUGAAGCCAUAAUGGCCCGGCAAUGUUGCAGUGAACCCAGCGCAGCUUUGAAAAAAGUGCGGAAAACUAUCGACUUGCUGCGUGCCGUCGAUGUUUGUAUCAUGUCCAUGGAGGACUUUGCAUCUCCGGACAUGCAGGAGGUAUUACGAACCGGAUGGGCGCACAUCAAGGCCAGGAUCAGGACCGCAGGGCGCAGAAAGCCAAUGACCAUACCCCAGACAAAGAAUAGACUGACAUGUUGUUCCCACCAGUGUCCACUGACGGGAUCCCCUGCGCCCCCGGUUCAAUCAGUUGAAUAUACCUCUCUGUUCCAUGACAGUUCGACAGGAACGCCCCAAGGCACCUUCUGGUCGGGAUCAUCCUUGUCUCCGAUGCAACCACCCCCUAACCCUCCCCCAGUACAAGCGCUGACAAUUCCGUCUUACUCGCGCCCAGCUGCGCAUCCAGGGCUGAUCAUGACAGUGCCUACAUUGUCUCGCGGGUUCCCUUGUCGAACAGAAACACCAUUUCCCCCGCCUGCGAACCCCCCCUCUCUUAUCCCACUUGCUCUCCCGCCCCCUUUCAUCCCACUCGCUGCCCCUCCUAUGUCCGUCGAUGCGAGUUCAAGCAACCACAACCCAUAUCCUCUUCCUGCUGAUGUACCUCCAUACCCUCCACCAUUGUCUGACUUCUCGGACCCUGGAUGGCGCCCAAACCCAAGGCGCCCGCCCACUGGCGACCCUCGUUACCUCAUCGACUCAUCGCACACCGCCUCGUUAUCCUACCCGGACGGAUCCGCUCGCAUACCCCACCCUCCCAGCAGUUCAGUCCAUAGCAGGUCUAUGGCGCCUGCUAUACCACCGUCCUCGGGCACGCUGUUUUCCGGCAGCGUGGGCUGCAAGAACGCCGACGAAACACCUUUGGAAAUCUCUGAGCGCCUCAUAGAUACCCUUCUCAUCGCAGUGAAAGUCAUCACCGACUAUGGUCCGCGUUGA